GACAUCUUUGGUGUGGCUUCUCUUGGCUCACAAACAAUGAUCCAGCCUUUGCAGCCCACCAAAUUAAAAGAUGAGAUGACACCACCACUGCCCUUUGCUCCCUCUCCACGAGCUGCUCGCACAGGUCCCAUCAAGGCAGGCGGUCUACUUUUUGUCCUGGACCAUUUUCGGUGGACAAAGCCCAUGAGGGAUUCCAUUGAUGGCCUUCUGGCAAAGUACCAUGGGCAGAAAGACCUUCUCACCCAGGUGGAUGCAGAGUAUGCUGCCCUUGUGCAGGCUGCCUCCAGGGAUCCCAAUAGCCUCUUACACCCCACCACGAAACAGCAUAUCUCACGUUAUGUGAAACACCUGGCCAAGAUAACGAACAGAAGUUCAUCCCUGAACACCAGUUCAGAGAAGCUCCUGGAGACCCAGAAGCUGUGGCAUCACCUCACAGAAGGUAGUGAAACUGUAAGUGUUCCAGUGGUAACCCUCCCACCUGCCCCAGUGAACCCACCCAGUAAUAAGCCCCAGGAGUUACCACUAACUAAGGGUGAGGUUGAACAAAUGGUGAAAGAGAUUGUGGAGAAACAACAGCAACAGCAGCCUGUUACAAAGAGGACACGGAACUGUCUUGCUUGUGGCCAGCCAAAGUCACGUUACCUUGGUGAUGGGUCCUCCAUUCAUUUUUUUUAUCAGUCUGGGGAUGUGAAGUACUUUUACUGCUCUACAAAGGUACACCAGAUGUAUGCAGCGGAAGGCCUCACCAAUCCUCGAAUGCCAUUUGCUGACUUUGCUGAAACACCUUUUUUUAAACGAGAGCUACAGGCCGCAAAGCAGCGUUCUGCAGAGACAAGACAGGUAAUAGAGGAGCGGAGAAAGAGAAAGUCCAUGGAGCAGCAUCCCACUGGUCGCCUCUGUAGGUUCUGCCACAAGCCACUAAAACAAGGCCCAGAGAGUCCACACAUACACACUGGGUUCCCUGGUGUGGCAGGGAAAUAUGUCUAUUGUCCUGCCAGAGUGUUUUCCUUAUAUCAGACAGAGGGGAUGACUCACGAGAUGAUUUGGGGAGAGUUCUGUCAGUCUUCCUUUUAUGAGACUGAAAGGAAGAGAUGGGCAGCAGAAAAGGGAAAGUGACUGCCCUCAUGUUUCCUGGUUUUAAAUGAAUGUUUAGAUGAAGCAUCCUCUGUCAAGACCCAUCCUCCGCAGAGUAGGUCACCCUAAAGACGGUCUCAGUCCACCAAAACAUCACACCAGACACUUUGACAGCGGAGGAUCAAAGGUCAGAAGGGUUUCUUCCAGAUGCAGAACACCACACCAUCGGCCAUAACUGCGUCCCUCGUUCAGCUCACACUGGACCCCUCAGAACGGCUGGUCUUCGUGUUGGACCAUAGAUGGACAGAUCUGCUGAGAAUUGCCCGUGAAGAUCUCUUGGCAACGCACCAUAGGAGCAAGGAUCUUCUUCAACAGGCCGAAGGCUUGUUUUUUGUUGUUGUUGUUUUUCUAUGUUUUCCACAACUUUAAAUUGUAUUAUUAUUAAUAUUAUUGUAGCUGUUGUUGUUUAGUCUACAAUUUUAAAUUAUUUAAUUUAUUUCCAGUUGUUAAAUAAAACAUCAGAAGUAUUGGCCUUGUUUACACUGUACUUUAGUGUGUUAAUUAAUUGUAUUGACUUUGUAUUGUUAUUUUAUCUUGCUCAGUUUUGUAAACACUAAAUGUUAGUAAUGGCUAAUAUUAAACUCUGUAAAUAAUUAUUUUAUUUAAAAUACUCUACCAGUCAAAUGUUUUCCAGCAGAAAGAUUUGUAAUGUUUUUUGAGGAGUCUCUUCUGCUCACCAAGCCUGCCUUUA